UAUACUAAAAUGUAGUAGUGUUUAGUGUGAUAUUGAUUUUAUGGGAACACAUGUCCAUUCUACUGCUGUGAUUCAGUUCAUUCAUUGCAUAUACACACAUAUUUACAUUUUCCGUGUUACGUAACCUGAAACACGUGGCGAAUUAUAUAAAAUUUUCCCCGAUAACAGUGAACUUUGUAAAAUAGUGUUUUUUAUUUUUAAAAAUCUGUGCUCCGGUAACGAAAAAUCGUAGAGAAUCAUUUCUAUAAGGAAGAGUUGUAUUAUACACGUCAAGAAAUAAAACCACAGAAAAAAAUUGUGUUACCUGAUUUUGGAACCGGAGCUAAAACACACCAUGACCACCUCCAGAAGAACUUCCACGCUCCCUCCAUCAGACGCCUACUCGGACCUGGAAAUUCAGAAACUUUCCGAAUUUCGAGAAAAAGUUGGCGACAUUUUAUUAACCGAAGACCAAAAGGACGACUCAUUCCUGAUUCGAUGGCUGAGAGCGAGAAAUUUGGACGUGACCAAGGCGGAAGAAAUGUUACGAUCUUCUCUCCAGUGGCGCCAGGAGAAUGACAUCGACACCAUUUUGGAAGGGGGCGACGACGUCCCAGAAGAUUUACGGGAGAGGGCACCCAUCGCUUACUGCGGAAUUUCGGGGGAGGGUUAUGCCGUUUUUGUCAUUCCGUUUGGACGACACGACCUGCGAUACGGGUUGGAAAAGUAUGGCUCGGAAGUAAUGGAACGCUGCGACACGAGGAAUAUGGAAAUGCUGUUAAAAUUGAUGCGAGACGAGGGGGCAAGACGUGGAAGGAGGGUUACACAAAUGAUUGAAAUUGCGGAUUCGGAAGGGUUUUCAUAUCGCCAAAUGUCAUCCAGACUGUGUCGUGAAUUUAUAAUAAAAAUGCAGCACCAAAUGGGGAAUCAUUAUCCAGAAGUGCUUCGAUACGUGAUGAUAGUCAACGCUCCAAAAAUAUUCGUCACCCUGUUCUCCAUGUUAAAAGUAGUCAUCCCAAAAAGUACUUUAGAGAAAGUCGAGAUUUUUGGACCGGACCCUGAAAAGUGGAAGGCUGUCGUCCGACAAAAAUUUCCCGUAGAAAAUAUUCCCGUUCACUGGGGCGGGACUCUCGAAGGUGUGGACGAGUAUUGUUCCGGACACGAAAUGUGGCUACAAGGACCUAAAGAUAUGCGACCACUAAUGCGAGGUAUCACCGACGGGGACGCCGACUUCCACACGACCACUGUCAACGCGAGGGACAAGUUCAUUAAGACGGUUGAAGUCACCGAGAAAAGUACAGUUUUAGAGUGGAAAUUCAAAACAAACAAUCACGACAUUGCAUUCCAAGUGAACCUUGUUGCCAAUAAUAAUUAUUCUGCCACGACGAGUAACAAAAUCAAUAAUAAUUGUGCCACCGGAAGUAACAGUAAGGACGAUCUUGUUGCCAUUAUUAUCGUUCCGCAUUCUCGGGUCGAUGCGCACAAGGCGGUGCAGGAAGGGUCCCACUGCUGCGAAGUCACGGGGACGUAUUCCUUCAUUUUUGAUAACUCGUUCAGCCUGAUGAAAUGCAAGACUCUGCUUUAUCAAGUUAUCGCCGUAGAUCCGGAACCAGAAAAAUUUGAAGAUUGUGGUGACCCAUUAUAACGCAGGUUUUUGUAACGCGGUAAAAUUCUGUACAUACAAUCCAUAAACAUGUUAACUUCAUUUUACGUUAUGUAAAAAGUUUUGUUUCGUAAUUUUAUAAAAAUUGUAUUGAAGAAUUCUUUUGAACCUGAGGUACUGUGUAGCUUUGCAAUUUUUUUUCGAAAUAAAAAAGUAUGAGAGAUUAUUAUUAUAAAAUUUUACAAACUUUGCACAAAGUUUUAUUACAAAGAGUUACUUUUAUUAUGCGUAGAGUUUGGUAGAUUGUCGUGAAAUAUUGUAAACCACGAGCGUUUUUGUAAUGCAGUAAAAUCCAUAAAAUUACUCGUCAUUCUUUCAUUUUUUCAUAAUUUUUCAAAACGUAACGAAAUAAAAUCUAUUAAAUUA